AUCUGGGCAACUUACGUGGUUUAUAAAAUUGCAAAACGCGCCUACAUAAAACGCAAACAAAAGUUGACAGAACUCGAAGCCGCACUAACAAUUUCAAAAUACCACGAUUCCUCAACCACGUUGACAUAUAAUAGCGAGAGACAUCCGAAAAAGAUUAUUGAUGAUGAUGCCGCUGACGAGUCAUCCGGUAUGCUUCAAAACAACGUAGCAAUAGAUGAUGCCGCAGGAGUCGGAUACUAUGAAAUUCAAACGGCAGGAAAUACAUAUAAACCAUAUCGUAAUUUUACGCAUCAACAUACCUACUCUGAAGUUACACUCGCUAACGCUCAUUUGAAUUAUUUGAAUGACAACGAUAAUUAA